GAGAGAGAGAGAGAGAGAGGAGGCGAAGAAGAAGUGAUGGAGGAGACCUCAGGAGCGUCGCUGCCAUCAGGGCCGGAUGGUAAGAAGAGGAGAGUGAGCUACUUCUACGAGCCGACAAUAGGGGACUACUACUACGGUCAGGGCCACCCGAUGAAGCCCCACAGGAUCCGAAUGGCCCACAACCUCAUCGUCCAUUACUCCCUUCACCGUCUGAUGGAGAUCAACCGUCCCUUCCCUGCCGGCUCCGACGACAUUCGACGUUUCCAUUCCGACGACUACGUCGAAUUUCUCUCCUCCGUCACACCCGAGACCCUUCACGACCACACCCACUCACGCCACCUCAAGCGCUUCAAUGUUGGUGAGGACUGCCCUGUCUUCGACGGCCUUUUCCCCUUCUGCCAGUCCUCCGCCGGUGGUUCCAUUGGCGCCGCCGUCAAGCUCAAUCGCGGCGACGCAGACAUCGCCCUCAAUUGGGCCGGCGGAUUGCAUCACGCCAAGAAGAGCGAAGCCUCUGGCUUCUGUUAUGUCAACGACAUCGUGCUUGGCAUUCUCGAGCUUCUUAAGGUCCAUAGGCGCGUGUUGUACGUAGAUAUUGACGUCCACCAUGGAGACGGAGUUGAGGAGGCAUUUUUCACGACAGACAGAGUCAUGACUGUUUCUUUCCAUAAAUUUGGGGACUUUUUUCCUGGAACAGGACAUCUGAAGGACAUAGGAGUCGGGACUGGGAAGUACUAUGCUCUUAACGUCCCUCUAAAUGAUGGAAUGGAUGAUGAUAGUUUCCGGGGCCUGUUUCGGCCUAUCAUUCAGAAAGUCAUGGAGGUUUAUCAACCAGAUGCAGCAGUUCUCCAAUGUGGGGCUGAUUCCUUGUCAGGGGACAGGUUGGGGUGCUUCAACUUGUCAGUGAAGGGCCACGCUGACUGCCUUCGUUUCCUUAGAUCCUUCAAUGUUCCCUUGAUGGUCUUGGGUGGGGGAGGUUAUACAAUCCGUAACGUUGCUCGUUGCUGGUGUUAUGAGACAGCUGUUGCCGUUGGGGUGGAACCUGAAAAUAAACUACCUUAUAACGAAUACUAUGAAUACUUUGGCCCUGAUUAUACUCUUCAUGUUGAACCAAGCAGCAUGGAGAAUCAAAACUCACCAAAAGAUUUGGAGAAAAUGAGGACUGUGCUGUUAGAACAACUUUCAAGAAUAAUGCAUGCUCCUAGUGUACAAUUUCAAGCACGGCCACCUGACACUCAAGUUCCAGAUGAGGGAGAGGAGGACAUGGAUCAAAGACCAAAACCUCGCAUUUGGGGUGGUGAAGAUGUUGGGUCUGAAUCGGAGGAGGAUGAAAAGCCUCGACAUGAUGACUAUAAUGUAGUUGAUCAAUCUCUGGCAGACAUCGGCACCAGAGAAAUUAAAGAAGAAAUAAAAGAGGAAAAAGAAGUCAAAGAAGAAAAUCAAUCCACCCUCUGCUGAAAUGGCUGAAACUCAAUCGAUCCUGGUUCAAGUGUGUCUGCAUAUGCUUCUCAUUCUUGAAUUAAUGCUUGCUCAAGGUUUACCACCCCACCACAGAUGUACUCUCUUAUGGUCACUUUACUGGCUUCUCAAUGACUUCUGGCAUUGGAGGUAGGUAUUCUCAGAUC